AACUUUCAAAAGGGUAAGUUUAUUACUAUUAUUGCCAAUUGCGAAUUGUCCAUAUAGUAUUUAGCUAAACAAAUUUGCAAUUGCUAAAAGCUGACUGCCGUUCGUUAUUAUUUAUUACUCGUUUGUCAUUAAUUUAGUUAAAAUCUUAGAACAGAAGAGUGUCAAUCGCUAGAAUAUUUAAUUAAUUUAAAUAAAGGUUUUCGGUCACUAAACAUGUUAAAUUUGAAACGGUUUUCAAAAGUUUCAUCUGGUGCUAAAUUUCAAUUUGGGCAGUCUGCUUUAGCGCAUAAAAAUACAUUGGGCUACAGAUUUGUUCAUGCAAAUUCCUCGAGUUCUGGAAAAUCAAAUGUAGGAAAAUACGCUCUGGGCUCAUUAAUAUUUGGAUUUAGUACCAUCGUCGUUUAUGCAAAAUACGAUACAAAAUUUAGACAGUGGUUAAAAACUAAUGUUUAUGGUUCAGAUGAACUUUUAAAGUUAUUAUUAUUUGAAGAUAAAUCCAUACAUAAUAAACCAAACAGUGAGAAACCCAAAUUAGUUCCUCCCACUAAUAAUCAUGAUAUAUCUGUUAAAUCAACACCUUCAAAACUUCAAACAAAAGAAUCACAAACAAUUUCCGCAGAAACAGACAAACCAAUAGACAAGGAAUUAACUGGAAAAAAUAAAAUUUUAGGAAAAAAUACUGAAAAAGAAACAUCUGACUUUAGAAGAAUAAGAAGUGAGGCAACUAUAAUAGUUAAAGAAGUUUCAAAUUCAUAUUCCGAAGCAUUAGAUGCAUUAAAAAACUAUUAUGAACUAGUAAAUGGAACUGUUAAUGAUGUUUCUCACAAACACAGUAGUAGCUUUUUAAAAAAAUUACAAAAAGUCAGUCUGGAAAAAGAUGAACUCUUUCAAACUGCUAAAGUAAAUGCUCAAGAAGCUAGGAAGCGUUUAGAUCAAAUGCAAUAUUCAUUAGAUGAAUCUAAACAUGAUGUAACAAAUGAAGAAAAAGAAACUAUUAUAAAUAAUAUUAUGAAAUUAAAAACGGAGAUUAAAACUUUGGAAAAGAAUUUUUUAAAUGAAAAAGAUGACUUAUUACUAUUUAAUAAAUAUAAUGGACAAGUUAUCAAUAUAAGAAAACGAUUCUCAGAAGAGUUACAAUCAUUAUUUCCUCAUGUAAGACUCGAUGAUAAAAAUAUGAAAUUGACAGAUGCUGAAUUUGAUGUGUUUGUCGAUUACAUUACCCAAAAAUUGCUGUUUUAUCAAAAUGAAUUGUUUAAACAACAAAUAUUUGGUGAAGAACAAGUAAAUGAUGUUGUUCAUGCAUUAAAAAAUGGUAAUCCUGAAGCUAUUGAUAAAGUCUUGGGAUUUCAAGUAGAAAAAAAUCGUAGAAGGCACAUGAAUAAUUUUAUCAAUGAAAGCUUUGGAUCAAAGGCAAAUAGUGAGGCAAAGUUUAAGGAACAAUUGAGAUUUCAAACUGAAGUGCACAUGGAUCACUUAAAAGAAGCUGCCAAUUUAGCCGAAAAGGAAGUUGAACGCCGUGUAAAUUUGGAAUAUUCUGAAAAAUCAGAAACCGAGAAGCUUAAAUAUAAGGAACAAGUUUUGAGCAUGAUUGCUGUUAUGAAUGGCAUAAAUGAUGCAGUAAAAGAGCAUUCAAAAAAACGAGAUAAACUUAAUGAGUCAUUUUAUUUAUGGACAGCCUGUCAGUCAUUAUCUGCGGCAAUUGAUACUGAUCAAAAUGAUUCAAAGCAUGAAUUAAUACCUUUACAAGAACUAGUAAAUAAUAUUAAGAAAUCAGGAGGUGAAAACCACGUAAUAAUAAAAGAACUGUUGGAUACAAUACCUGAAAGAGUAUUAACUCGAGGUGUUUAUUCAGAAGAAACAUUAAAAGACAGAUUUCUUAAUGUUGAAGAUAAGGCUUUUCAUAUGGCAUUAGUACCAGAUACCAACGUAAAAUUAUUUGAUUUGAUAACAUCAUUUGUAUUUACAAUUUUCACCUUUAAAUCAUCUAUACCAAUUACCGAAGAAGAAUUCAAUGAACCUAUUAAUGUUAAUGAAUUAAAUAAUAUUGAUAUUCUCCAACGAGCUAGGUAUUGGGUAGAAAGAGACAAUUAUUAUCGGGCCUUGCAGUAUAUGCAUUUAUUGAAGGGAGGUGCUAAAAUAAUAGCAUCUGAUUGGAUGAGUGAAACUCGUGAUUAUUUAGCUACACAGCAAGCUGCUCAGACCCUUUUAGCUUAUGCGUCAGAGAGUUUACGAUCUCAUGUGGACGUUAGUAAUACAUCAAUAUAAUGCAACAUUCUCUAAUUGAAUUAAUUUUUGUUUUUAAUCAUAGGAUUGUUGUUAGCUUGCAAUUUAUUUGUCAGCAGAGUCUAAUACAAAAUGUUUAUUAAUUAAAUUAACAAAUUAUACUGCUAUAGUACAGCUAAUUUUGUAUCAUUUAUUUGAAAUAUGUUGUUAUUAAAAUAUGUAGAUCAAA